CAAGUGGAGUGUGCAGUAGCCAACCAAGAGAGCUUAGUUUCCUGGAUUUUUGAAAUUCCACUUUCCCGCGUUUCCUAGGUUACCAAACAGGGAAAAGGAAGGAAAAAGGAACAAAAAAGGAAAGGAAGAGGUACUUAUAUGGUCCUCUUUACAACGCUUGAAUUUCCGUUCUUUUUACCGUUUCGUUUUUUGUAGAUGGAGUCUUUAUAUGCAAAGCUUUACGAUAAGUAUGACAAACUCAAGAAGAGAAAACUGUCUGAAAUGGAUGAUAUACAUAGAGAUCAAGAAGAAAAAUUCUUAAAUUAUGUGCGUGCUGCAGAGGAGUUGAUACAGCACUUGAGGAGUGAAAAUGACAAAUUAAAUGCUGAAGUUACUGAAUUGAGAAGUGAAGUGGCCUCUAUAAUGUCCAGCAAGGACAAGCAAUGUGUAGACUACCAAAAGCUUUUGAUUGAAGAGAGCCAGAAGCGUAAAGCGCUUUCUGAAGAAGUUACGAGACCGCAAAACCUGCAUCGAAAGGGACAUGUUAAGGGUGGCAAUAGAGGUAAUGUACCAACAGUCUCUCCAGGAAGUGUACAUGUUGCGGCAGAAAGGGUUUCUGGUAACUCCACUAGAAUGAUGACAAGAAAGCGUAGCAGGAAAUCAACCGCUAAGACAGAAGACAGCAUUGUUACUCCUAAUUCGGCUAAUGGUAAAGUUACUGCAUCAUGUGCAUUGACCGAAUACCUUCCUGAGAAAGCUUUGUCAUGUGAGGUUCUUCCAAAUGUUCAGCUGCCAGAAUGCUGUAAAGGCGUAAAUGCAAAUGCCACUGAUCAUGGAACUUGUUUGUUUCAAGUUCUUAUUGAAUGCUUAGUGGGCAUGAAAGUGUCCUCCAUUAAUCAAACUGAUGGACUACGCAUUUCAGCUCUGCAUCAAUCAAGUGGUUACUCGUUCAGCCUAACGUGGAUAAACAGAACGGGCAUAGAGGAAGCCGAGCUGGUGUACCGGGUAUCGUCGUUAGGGACAUUCGAGAGAGUGGCACCGGAGUGGAUGAGGGAUGUCAUUAUGUUCAGCACAAAUAUGUGCCCCGUUUUCUUUGAUAGAUUAUCUCGUGUUAUCAAGUUGCAUUGUUAACUGGUAAACUUUCUC